GUCAAUAUGUAUAUUUAAAUGUAUGAACUUCGAAGUAAAUUCGAAGAAAGAUGAGAUGUUUUACAAACUAGGAAAUAUGAUUUUCCUCAACUGUUUGAUUCUACUGGUUUUCCCAGUCAACGGACUAUCGCAAAAAAUAAAUCACAUUAGAAUCGCGGGAUCAUACAGAUUAGAAGCAAAUCAAGUUGGAUUAACCUAUACGGCAGCAAAGGAUUUUUGUGAAUCAAGGAACUCAUGGCUUGUCGAAGUUAAAAAUGAGAAAAUACGAAAUGAGUUAUUGGGAUUGAUUAGGUCUGCACAAAUGAAUACCUGGAUUGGUGCAACUUGGAAGGAAACCAACUGGACGUGGAAUGAUGGAUCUAAUAUAGAAUAUAGUUAUGGGUCAGACGUUGCUGAAGAAACUAAAUGUCUGUUGUUUCAGAAGUACGAUGGAAAAUGGACGGCAAAAUCAUGCACUGAAGGAAGAUAUCAUGUUUGUCAGUCAGAUGCAAACAACAUUAUAUUUUACCAAGACAUGGAACUGUACUUUAAUCAUAUGACGUUGCGAAAUUACACCGAUAGUAAGAAGGCGUGCGAGGAAAGAGGGUCGGAGUUGGUUACAAUAAAUGACUCAAACAUCAACGACGUCAUUGUACAAGAGCUCAACACAAGGCGAGAAAAUGCAAGUAAGGCUGAUCAUCAACGAUACUUCAUCAGUUUGAACGAUAUUAGGAACCAAGGGGAAUGGGUUUGGUCAGAUGGCACGAAAGCAAGCUACAAAAAUUGGUAUACUAAUAAUGCUGAUUGGACAGAACCAAAUGGUGCUAACGAACAUUGUGUAGUUACGUUGGAAGACCACCUUCAUCGGAAGUGGGCUGAUGUUACUUGCAGUGGAGAGUUUUUCAGUAUUUGCCAAAAAAAACUUGUAUUCAACGUUAGAGGAAAUUGCAAAUACCAUUUAAACUACUUGGACAAGAGAACUUACUACGACGCUCAGUCCUAUUGCUUCAGAAUGAAUAAUACUGCAACGCUUGCAAUGAUCAAAACAGAAGAAGUUCAUCAAUACAUAGAAGAAGCGAUUAAAACCAGAUUUGGUUCAGUCAAUAAUAUGACUUUCUGGGUCGGUGCGAAGAAAGACAACAGGGAAUUCUGGAGAUACAUUGACGGCGAGCCAUUCUCUACUGGUGGAUUUGAAAAAUGGGCAAGUAAACAACCUGGAGCGGGGAUUAAACUAUAUAUCAAUACCAGUGUUCGAGCAUCAAACACAGAUCUACUAUGGUUUUCUGGAACAAAUGAUGAUAAAAGAGGUUUUAUCUGUGAAUUACCAGUCACUGAUCCUUGUCGCUCAAUACAAUGUAGGAAUGGAGGAAGAUGCAGAAGUAUCGGGUGUCAGAUGGCAUGCAUUUGUAAUAACGGAUACAGCGGGAUAUAUUGUGACCAUAACAAAUUGUCCAUCACUGCGACUCAAUCGAAUAAUAUCAAUCUCAUUGGCGAAUCAGUAACAAUAACUCUUCAAGUUUUGUCUGAACUCGGCGAAGUCGGAAUCAAACUUUACAAAGAAGGCAAUUCAAGUAUCCUUGAUGAAAAAUCAGUCGGGAAUGGAACCGUAGAAUUUACGAUUGGCCCAAUGAAUUCAGCCUCUGAAGGACAUGCGUACAUGUUCAAAGCAGUGGCAGGAGAAGCGCAACGCGUCAUCAAUAUAACAAUUGCUGUUCACGAGAAAGCAAAUAUCACCGAUAUAACUCCAUCUCGUAUUGCGAUCCCAUCAAAGCAGAACCAAACAAUUACUUGCUACGCUACCGGAUUUCCUAGUCCUUCUGUAUUAUGGUAUUUUGGGAAAAAAGUCGUCGAUAGGAAUAGGAAUUUGGAUGUUCACCAGAUGAAUUCCUCAUUAAAAUCGGUAUUACAUUUCAAAAAACUUGAGUCAAGUGGUCAAGUCAAAUUACACGCUGGAAUCUAUAGCUGCCGUGUGACUAAUUAUGUGGGAGAAGAUAAAACUGAAGCUGGAAUUACCAAAACAGCUAAAGUUAUUGAAAUGCCUGAAUACUCUGCAAAGUCAGCUAACUGCAGUUCAGACAUUGAAGUCAGGUGGAUUCCCGGCGUAGAAGCAACCCGUAUAAAACACAGGAUUAUAUUAUCAGGCGAGCAGUAUAGAAAAACUAUCGAGAUCUCGCCAUCUGAUACUCAAACAAUGACAAAUAUUUUCACAAACUUGACGCAACGAUCGCUGUAUACUGUGGAGAUGUCAAUCUGUCUUGAAACAUGCAUAACAAACCCCGGAAAAGUAGUCAAAGUGAAAACAGGCAUCAAUCAGGCUGACGUGGUACGAGAUGUCAAACUAGAAGAGCAUCGAGGUGAUAAAACGUGUAAGAUUUCGUGGUCGAAGACAAAUGAUUCAGAAUAUAUCACUGGCUUCAAGGUUUCAGCUUAUUCGACUUUGGUUAAAAUUGGAUCCAAAGAUUUGGAAUCUAAGAAAUACAAUGACACGUUUUAUAUUUCAUUCAAUUCCGCUCAAAACCAUUCCUUCAAUACGAGUCCGAAUAGAAACUACACAGUGUUCAUUCAAGCGAUUGCUUGUGAUAAACCAGGAAUUUUGUCCAGAGCUGUUGGCAAUUGCACAAGCGAUACAGAAGCUCCAUCGGUUGUGGCCGCACCGGAGAUUUUGGAGAAUAAAGGCGACACAAAAACUAGAAAUAUUCAAAUUCAAGCCAUUGACCAGAGCAAUGGCCCAGUCAGUUGCAUCUUUAUUGUCGUUGACAUUUAUGAACAAGUACAGAGCAAGCAUUCUUCCGUUAACUUCACAAUUGAAGAUUUGAAGAAAGCAGAAGCAAAUUCGAAAUUGUCUAAACCGCAUGUGGGUCAGAAGUACAUUGCCAUAGCAAGAUCAAACAUUCCACUUGAAGAUACUAUUGUGUCACUUGGUGAUGAUGCGUCAACUUCCUGUGAUAUUCACAAUGCAACACAAAACAUGAAAAGAAAGAAGAGAGAAAUAUCCCAGAUGGUUCUUGCUGCAAAAAAUUUUCCUUUAAAUGAGGGAAAAUUCUAUGAGUAUUCCAUGGUCACAACAACUCCCGGCGCAAAUGGAGAGGUACACAUUGGAAUGAGCGCUACAAAAUCAUUCAAAGCUGACGCUGCUUCAACAACCUGGCUCAUUGUAGUUAUCAUUUUAGUUGUCGUUGUUACCAUUGCAGGGACAAUUACCUUAUUUGUCUGUUACAAAAGGCAUCAAUCAUCAAAAAAUAAAACAGACACAAGCAUUGCAAUGUCCGAGACUGCAACAUCACCAGAUCUCACAUAUGAAAACUUACAAAAGGAGACGGUAGACAUAGAAAAUGAAACUCGAAUAUAUGCCGAGUUACUCCUGACCACUUAUAAUAGAAUGAAAGCUAGUGACAAUGGAGAGUUCAAGAUCCAAUUUGAAAAAUUGAAGGAAGUUGUGAAGUUAAUAAAAGAAACGAAAGAAAUCGCAUCUCGUCCAAACAUGAUGAAAAAGAACAGAUAUAAAAACAUUCUUCCUUACGAUUCCACCCGGGUUGUACUGAAUGGGGAAGGUGACAGUGACUACAUAAAUGCUUCUUAUAUCCAUGGAUAUGAAACCCGCAAGAAAUUCAUUGCAAGUCAAGGUCCUUUACCUGCUACCGUGAAUGAUUUCUGGAGGAUGGUAAUCGAGCAAAAAUGUGCCGUGAUUGUUAUGUUAACCGGGUUGAUUGAAAGGGGAAAGAAAAAAUGUGAAACGUAUUGGCCAGAUGUCGAUAGAACAGCGUCGUAUGGAUCAAUUUCCGUAAGGACUGUCAAAAAAACACACGUCGGAAGUUAUAUAAGACGAUCUUUUGAAGCUACUUCCACUGAUGGGCUGAAGCAAACCAUAACUCAUUUUCAAUUCACAACAUGGCCUGAUCACGGAGUCCCCGUAACAACAUCAGGUUUUUUCAGACUUCAUAAAGCAGUUUCUGAAAUUAAUUGUUCAACACCAAUAAUAGUCCACUGCAGUGCUGGAGCCGGGCGAACCGGUACGUACAUUGCGUAUGAAUAUCUUCUGAAUGAAGUUGAAAAAGAAAACGCUGUUGACGUUUAUGAAUGUGUUCAUACAUUGAGAAGACAAAGAGUAGAUAUGGUCCAAACCGUGGACCAAUAUAUCCUAGUGCACAAGCUAUUGGUUGAACAUCAUCUUUUUGAUGAAACUGAUAUGGAUGAAGAUCAAUUUCGACAGCUGAUGCAAAGGAACAACGAUGAUCAACUGCUACUAGAAUUCCAAAAUCUGUCCGAAAUUCCACCAAUGAAUUUGAAGAAACAUGGCGACGAAGACGAAUACAGAAAAAUGAAUCGAAAUCAAGACAUUAUUCCAUACAAACGAAACAAAGUCGUAAUCGUUCCAAUGCCAGAGGACAAAGAAACCUCGUACAUCAAUGCUUCUAUUAUGGAGACGUAUGGACGAAGUGGUAAAAUGAUUGCUGCCCAAGGACCGAUGAAAUCAACUGUCGAAUAUUUUUGGAGAGCAAUUAUGGACAACGAUGUUGGUGUUAUCGUUAUGUUAACUCAAAUCAUGGAUGGAGGAAAGCAACAAUGCUUCCAAUAUUGGCCUGAUAAAAUCGGUGGCAAAUUACAAUUUGGCAACAUUGGAGUUGAAUUGAUUGAAGAAAGUUCUGAAAAUGAGAUCAUCUUACACAGAUUAAUUGUCACGAGAGAUAGGCAAUCGAAGCCUGUCAUGCAUUACCAGCAUCCGAAUUGGAGUUCAGAAAGGUCUCCCGAUAUCUCAUCUGUGUUGAACUUGGUUUCAAUUUUCCAGAAGUUUUCACAACAACAGAAGCUCGUUCACUGCAGUGAUGGAGCAGGACGCACUGGCAUAUUUUGCGCAAUAUACAAUUUGUGUGAAAGAUUCAAAGUAGAAAAACGAAUCAAUGUUUUCCAAACUGUGAAAGACUUGCGAGAUUGCCGACCCGGAAUGGUUCUAACAGAGGAUGAUUAUAAACUCUGCUACGAUAUUAUGCUGGAAUAUAUUGAUUCAUUCAAUCUUUAUGAAUAUAUAACCCAUCGUGCACAAGAAGUAUCUGAUUCGGCUGGCAGUGAAAGCUUGUAUGAAAAUAUAAGUGCAAUAAGAAAAGCAAAAUGAAAAAGAAACAUUAAAUGCUAAUUUGUAAUGCUUCCAUUGUGCAAGUAGAACAGAUAACGAAUUAUAUUGUGGAACAUUGGGAAGACUUUUCUGAUCUAUGCAUAUUCAAGACAUGAAUGCUCUUAAUAAACUUUUUAUUCUUAAUCUUUAUGCCUACUAUUGUAUUUUCUCUAUGUAUAUUUAUCGUUAAUAUUUUCAAGUUAUGUCAAGCUAAAAAUGUUAUUUGAGAUGCACUUAUAAAAUAUUAUAAACGAAUGCUGACAAGUUAUAAAAUUCCUUAAAUUAAUUUUAAAUCUGCUGCAUAUAAUCUAUAAUAAUCUAUAUAAAUCUAAACUCGUCUUUUAUACGAAAGUUCGCAAAUAGCAAGUCAAUAGGUAAAUGAUUGGGCUUCUGCGUGAAUAACUACUUAUCCUUUCUCCUAUGCGUCGGGAUACUGUAUACAUAUAAUGAAAGUAUGCUGUAGCAAGAGUGAGGAUAACUAUUCUAAGCGAUUCAAGAGUCUUGCUGCACACGUAUACAGAAAUGUAUCUAUGUUGCAGCAAGACUCUUGAAUCGCUUAGAGACGAAGAGUCUAUUAGUAAUCUUCUCAAAAUUGCCUAGCUCAAUUCUUCAAUAAUGAUAAUUCUUUCAAUCAUGCUUUGCUCGUUUUUUUUAUUUUUGCAAACUGUUUUUAAAUCUUAUCUCCACUGCUAUAUUAACUUUUUUUAAUUUGUAUUUUGAUUAUCUAUCUUCAUGCAAUCAAAAAUAUAUUGAUUUUUUGUUGAUAUAUGUUUUCAAGAUUAAUAGAGCAUUUAUCGCUAUAUAUAGUAUAUGAAUAUAACUUGUCUCUAGUUUUAGUUAUAGAAAUUAAUGAUUACGUAUGUCUUUAAAUCAUGAAAAAUUUCCGUACUCGUUUGAUGAUAACUGUUUCCAAAAACUCAAUUAUCCAUGUUCAUAGAUUAUCUCUAUCCAGAGAGCACUUUUAUAUUAAAAUGCGGUGACGGUGUAGAAUGUCAUCUACGAAUCAUUAUGAUCUAUAAAAAUUACGUAUAGGCUAUCUUGUGAUUUACAAUUAAAAUUUUAUCAUAUAUUUCCAAUUAUAAUUAGAGGAGUGAGUUGAACAUUUAUAACCCUAACCACAUUUGCUGCAUAGAUAGACCAAUAUUUCCUAGUUUAUCUAGCCAGGCGAUACAUUCAUCUGCCGAUUGUGUUGAGCUCGACAGUUGCAGCUCACACUAAGCCUUAGCAAGCGUGUCGUCGAUUUAAUUACCCCGCAUCGCUUCGCUUUUUUGAAUUCCUCAAACGAAAAAUAUAUGCAAGAGUAUUGUAGAAGUAUCGCCUGACCAUUGAGCGGCUGUGGCAUCUUUCAAUAGCUAAGUAUUUGCAACGAUUAAUUGAGUGGACAAGUUUCUCUACAUUGUAUUAUUAUGCCAGAUUAUCAGCAUUCUUUUUCCGAAGCAUAAUUUUGAGAUAAAGGUUCAAGUUAAUGUUCGAAGUAUCAAAACUUUCGGGACCCGGUUAAUAAAAUUUCGAAGGUUGGAGUCAGAAAAUUAGGUUGACAAAAUUUAUCUUUGAAGUAAAAGUCGAUUCUUAAAAUCCUUCGAAGUUGUGUUAAAAAAGUUUUUUGCCUUUAAUUCUAUGACAAAUAGUAUAAACAUAAAACUUGCUUUUGUCCUAUGUAUUGUUGAAUAAUGUGAAUUGUUAAAGAAUAUUGAGUUCGUUUGACAUUUACGUUUCAUGUGAUCAUCAAUGGUCAUCCACGAAUGGGGCAUAGUCCGCAUUUCUAUGAAAUUUACCGCGUUAUUAUCAACGACGGAUCAAUUUUCAUAAACUGUCGUUUGCAUGUCAUAAAAUUGGCCUUUUUAACUAAAAAUAUUUUGAUUUAGAAGUGCUAUUUAGGACGCUUUUAAAAUAUUCAUUGACUUUUUUAAAUAUUUCAAUCAUCUUUUACUGCCGCCAUUUUUUGUUAAAUUCAUUUAUAUUAUUUAAAUUUCAUCAUCCUUUCUAGAUUUUUAUUCAGUUUGUUUUAUUUUUAUCUCUCUCUCAUAAGUAUCCUUAUGCAAUCGGAAAUAUCUUGGUUUUUCAUUAUGUAUAUAUUCCAAAUUAAUAUAUUAAUUAUACUUUGUCUCCAGUUCUAUCUUAUGAAAAUUAUCGCGUUUAUGUAAAAACUGCUUUUAAAAUUGCGUAGAAAUCUGAUCUGGUGCGUUUUAGAAAGUUCAGCGAUCACAAA